UUCAUUUAUUAAAAAAAAAAAAUUAUAAAUUCAAGGACGUGUGCCAACAAAGCUUACGAAAACCUUCUUUCUCCUUCGGUUCAAAUCAAACCCCACUCAAAGCGUCUUAUGGUCUCAUCCCAUGCUCAUAUCUCUAAGACCCAAGUGGUUCCCGGGCUUUCCAAACCUCUCUCGUUUAGGCCUGAAAUGGGUCUCCACCGCCACCACCCAAAACCCAGAAGACCAUCUGCGUUUGUUCUUCAAAUGCAGAACGAACCAAACCCACACCGACUACGAGCUCGCAUUGGUUUCGGUUUUGAAGUCCUGCUCAUCCCUCGUGGCCGUCUUCCAAGGCCAACAAAUCCAUUCAAUUGUUCUGAAAUCUGGGCUCCACUCGAACACCUUCAUCAACAACAGCUUGAUUAACAUGUAUGCCAAAUGCGGCUUCAUCGCCGAUGCUGAGUCGCUAUUCGGUUCUUGUUCUGAGUUAGACCCGGUGUCUUGCAAUAUUAUGGUUGCUGGGUAUGUGAAAUCUGGUCAGUUGGACAAUGCGCGCCGGCUGUUUGAGAUAAUGCCCAGGAAAGGUUGUGUCUCGUACACUACCAUGAUAAUGGGCCUUGCCCAAAAUGAGUGUUGGACUGAAGCCAUUAAGGUUUUUAAGGACAUGAGGUCUGCGGGUGUGAUUCCGAAUGAGGUGACAAUGGCGACUGUAAUCUCAACUUGCUCCCAUUUGGGUGGGAUUAGGAAUUGUCGAAUGCUUCAUGCUUUGGUAGUUAAGUUGCAGCUUGAGGGGUUUGUUCUUGUUUCUACGAAUUUGUUACACAUGUAUUGCGGUUGUUCAAGUGUUUGGGAAGGAAGAAGUUUGUUUAAUGAGAUGUCUGAAAGGAAUAUAGUUUCGUGGAAUGUCAUGUUAAAUGGGUAUGCAAAAGCUGGGCUUGUUGAUUUGGCCAGAGAGUUAUUUGACAAGAUUCAUACAAAAGAUGUGGUUUCAUGGGGUACAAUGAUUGAUGGGUAUGUGCAAGUAGACUGGCUAAGCGAAGCUAUGGUAAUGUAUCGAGCAAUGCUGCGUACCGGAUUGGGACCAAAUGAUGUUAUGCUUGUAGAUUUGAUUUCGGCAUGUGGGCGUUCCGAGGCAAUACAUGAAGGUGAACAAUUUCAUGAGAGAAUUGUAAAGGAAGGUUUUGACUGCUAUGACUUUAUACAGGCAACAAUCAUCAAUUUCUAUGCAGCUUGUGGCCGCAUGAACCUUGCUCAUCUUCAGUUUGAAAAGGGCAUCAUGCAGCAUGUUGCGUCUUGGAAUGCACUCAUUGCAGGAUAUAUAAGAAACAGAAUGAUUGACCAGGCAAGGCUUUUGUUUAAUGAGAUGCCUGAAAGAGAUGUGUUUUCAUGGAGUUCCAUGAUUUCUGGUUAUGCACAGAGUGAACAACCGGAAUUGGCUCUGGAACUCUUUCAGAGAAUGGUAGCUAGUGGGAUCCAACCAAAUGAAAUUACGAUGGUGAGUGUUUUCUCUGCAAUUGCUACAUUAGGCACAUUGAAAGAGGGAAGAUGGGCCCAUGAAUACAUACUUGAGAACUCCAUUCCUCUUAAUGACAAUUUAAGUGCAGCACUCAUCGAUAUGUAUGCCAAAUGUGGGAGUAUCCAUUCAGCCUUAGAGGUGUUUUACCAAAUCCGAGACAAAGCCUCUACUGUCUCACCAUGGAAUGCCAUUAUAUGUGGGUUGGCCAUGCACGGACAUGCAACAUUGUCUCUCGAAAUAUUUUCGGACUUGCAAUGGCGUAAUGUCAAACUCAAUUCAAUCACAUUCAUCGGAGUCCUAAGUGCAUGUUGCCAUGCUGGCUUUGUGGAGGCUGGGGAGAGGUAUUUUAAAAGCAUGAAGAACGUUUACAACAUAGAACCAAAUAUCAAGCAUUAUGGUUGUUUGGUGGAUCUCCUGGGCCGAGCUGGGCGAGUAGAAGAUGCUGAGAAAAUGAUAAGGAGCAUGCCCAUGAAGGCCGAUAUAGUGAUAUGGGGCACGUUAUUGGCGGCAUGUAGAACACAUGGGAAUUUGGAAAUAGGAGAAAUGGCCGCAGAGAAUUUGGCAAGGUUGGAUUCAUCUCAUGGGCCAGGUAGAGUUCUCCUAUCCAACAUAUACGCAGAUGCAGGGAAGUGGGAGGAAGCCUUUUCUGUACGGCGAGCAAUGCAGAGCCUAAGACUGAAGAGAUCACCGGGGCAUAGUGAUGUUGUAUGAUGAGGGUGCUGGGGUUCUAAAACGCUCAAAAGUUUUGGUCAAUUUGAA